CCUUUCACCAAAAUGAUCUAAAACAUUUGCCUAUAUUUCACUUUGACACCCAGGAGCCGUUAUAGACAUCACCGUCAUCAACAAGUUCCCGUUUGUUGACAGCUCGCCCACCUACGUCAAAUGCGUCACGCCCUACGUAACGACGUUCGACGCUCUGUCGGCCUCAAGCUUACCGCGGUGGUCCAACCCAAGGGCCAUGAGAGGGGAUGAAUCUGAUUGGCCAGGACAGGAGAUGACGUUUUACUCGUUCAUGAGGGAUGAGCGAAUCGGCGGCUUCCAAUGUUCUGCCCAGGGAGAAGAAGUGGCAGCAGUGAAGAUGUUCGAAUCAGCCUCCUUUACUCCCCCAACUUUCUCCUUGACCGUGAACCGCGGUGAUACCUUAACGAUCCGCAUGACGGCGCAGCAGACACAGUUCAGACGGGUCCGGUGGAAACAGAAUGGGGUGGAAAAAUCGACUAGCAGCAGCAUUUACGUCAUCAGCGGGGCCGAUUCCACUCAACACGCGGGGGUGUACAGAUGCUAUCACGACGGAGAACCGGAAAAUGGCGCUAUGAUUAGAGUCAUUGUCAGAGGAUGUCAAGAAAACCGGUGGGGUCCCGGAUGUAGCCGGGGGUGUCCGAACUGCCUCCACGGUGGGAUGUGCCACUCCGACACGGGGGAGUGCAUCUGUCCACCGGGCUUUCGGGGAGACCGCUGCGAAAUACCCUGCGGAAGUAACCGGUUCGGACUGUCGUGUUCCCAUAAAUGUGACAACGGCGGCGACAGCCCUGAAGCAUGCGCAGAACUCCAGUUCUGUGUCCCCGACCCGUACGGCUGCUCCUGUAACACCGGCUUCCGGGGUCUGAGAUGUGACACAGCGUGCAGCGCGGGAACGUUUGGCGCGGGAUGCACCUCUACCUGCCACUGUCGUGAUGACGCCGUCUGCAACCGCUUCACCGGAGAAUGUCCCGACAACACUUGCGCGUGUGGCUGGGAGGGGCAGACCUGCCAAGAAGAGAAACGGGACUAUUGUGACCCUACCCCUUGCGAAAAUGGUGGGACCUGCACCUACUCGGCCGAUGAAGAUACUUGUUUUGUCUGCGCAUGUCCGGCUGGCUUCAUAGGGCAAGUUUGUGAGACAGAUGUUGACGAAUGUGAGUCGAGCCCCUGCCAGAAUGGCGGUUCCUGUAUAGACGGAGUUAACUCAUACGUCUGUGACUGUGCAGACGGGUACAGAGGAAACAACUGUGAACAAGAAAUUGACGAGUGCGAAUCUAAUCCGUGUGAAAAUGGCGGCGUAUGUAGCGAUGCCGUCAACUCUUACACCUGCGCAUGCCCAGACGGUUUCAUAGGUGACAGGUGUGAGGAAGACGUUGACGAAUGUGAGUCCAUUCCGUGUCAAAAUGGCGGCACCUGCACGGAUGGAGUAAACUCUUACACCUGCACAUGCGCAGAUGGGUUUGUGGGCGACUUAUGCGAAGAAAACAUUGACGAGUGUGAGUCCAGCCCGUGUCAAAAUGGCGGAAGCUGCACGGAUGGAGCCGACAAAUAUACCUGCACAUGCGCAGAUGGCUUCACCGGUGACAGAUGUGAAGAAAAUAUCGACGAGUGCGAGUCUAGCCCAUGUCAAAAUGGCGGUAGGUGCUCUGACGGCAUCAACUCUUUCACUUGCGCAUGCGUGGAUGGGUUUACCGGCGACAGAUGUGAAGAAAACAUUGACGAGUGUGAGUCCAGCCCGUGUCAAAAUGACGGCAUCUGUACGGACGGAGCAAACUCAUAUACCUGCACAUGCGUAGAUGGGUUUACCGGUGACAGAUGUGAAGAAAACAUCGAUGAGUGUGAAUCCAGCCCUUGUCAAAAUGGUGGAAGUUGCUCAGAUGGUGUCAACUCCUUCACUUGCGCAUGCGUAGACGGAUUUACCGGCGACAGAUGUGAAGAAAACAUUGAUGAGUGCAAGUCCAGCCCGUGUCAAAAUGGCGGAAGCUGCUCUGACGGGGUCAACUCUUUCACUUGCGCAUGCGUAGACGGAUUUACCGGCAACGUAUGCGAAGAAAAUAUUGAUGAGUGCCAGUCGAAUCCGUGUCAGAAUGGGGGCACAUGUUACGAUGACGUCAACUCGUUCACCUGCGCAUGCGUAGAAGGUUACAGUGGAGAAACAUGCGAAGAUGAAGGGAACGAGUGUGAGUCGAGUCCAUGUCAAAAUGGCGGCACGUGCCAGGACCAGGUGAACAGCUACACCUGUACCUGCGCACCUGGAUACGCGGGGGUCAACUGUGAAACAGAAAUCAACGAGUGUGACUCCAGUCCCUGUCAAAAUGGCGGCACCUGUGACAACAUAGUCUCGGCAUACAGCUGUAUCUGUCGGGCUGGUUUUGACGGAGUCAAUUGCGAAAACGACGUUGAUGAGUGCCAGUCAAGUCCGUGUCAAAAUGGGGGUACGUGUUAUGAUGACGUCAACUCAUUCACCUGCGCAUGCCUAGAAGGAUUCAGAGGAGAUACAUGUGAAGAAGAAAUAGACGAAUGCGAAUCGAACCCUUGUCAAAAUGGCGGCUCUUGUGAGGACCUGUUGAAUGGUUAUAACUGUGCAUGCCAAGUGGGAUACCGUGGGGGCAAUUGCGAAGAGAUUGAACAGUGUUCGCCUAAUCCAUGUUUUAACGGUGGAAUCUGUUUGGAGGUAAAUGGCACGUACAUCUGCGAUUGUCCGGAAGGUUUCAACGGCGUACACUGUGAAAUAGCAGAUGAUGCUAACACUACGGCGGUGUCUCCGAACACCACCGACCCCUGCGUGUCCCUGCCAUGUCUGAACGGCGGAACCUGCGAGGUCGGCGUGGUGACCUACACAUGUCGGUGCACCAGCGGGUUUGUCGGGGAGAACUGUGAACUAAGGAUCCCCACCUUCCCAUCGUACGCUUCAAACACCGAAGAGACAAUGCGGGAGUUUUGUUCGACCAACCCGUGUGAGAACGGGGGCACCUGCGUCAGCAACACGGAGACCUACGUCUGCUUCUGCCCCGAAAACAACUACGGCAGGCAUUGUGAAAAAACCAUCAUCACUGGCAGGGAAGACAACAACGAAAACACCGGCACGUCUUCUGCCAUCUACCUGGCCGGGGCAGCCGUCGGAGGAUUCGCCGCCAUGUCAGUCCUGUUCGCCGCCGUGUAUAAGUACGUGCAGUACGCACAGCUGAAGAAAAUCACUCCUGUACAAGUCAUGGACCUGAAGGAAAAACCGGGCCAAGGAUUCAAGAGGGUCGACCGUCUUCCCGAUCUUGAGAGGGGCUUGGACGAAGCCAAAGAGCCAGGAAAGGAGGGGAAGCAGAAGAAGAAAGGAAAGAAGAAAAGGAAAAAGAAGUUGAGGGCGCCUAAGGAGUUGAAUCCGCUUCGAGGACCAAGACCACCACCGAACAUGGACGGCACUCAUCUGACUGAUCUCACUUAUCCGAAUGAUGCACCCGCAACGAGGAUUAUCCGUCCUCCAAAGUACCUUGAGCCGAUACAACAUCCUUUUGCCAUCAACUAGGCAUCAACAUCACCUACAUCAACAUCAUCAUCGUCAUCUCCAUCAUCAUCGUCACCAUCAUCAUAAUGAUAAUGCUCAACUUGCUGCAAUAUCGUUUGCCCUACAUGGCUAACUUGGUCUAGAUAUACCUAAAUGUAACCUAACACUGCAAUUUAAGCAUAUUCUUGCCAGUUGUUUUUUUUUUCAGUAAAAACAAUGAACAGUGAACAUGACUUAAUAAGUGAUAAAGACUCUGACCAUGGACGGUAACUUCUAAAUACUAGCAAACUAUUGUUAUUAGGCAAAAUGUUAUCAUAAAGCCAAAAUUUGAUUCAAGCGUCUUCACCAGAAAGAGACAGUGUCGAAGCAGUGCAAAAUGGCAGUAUUCUUUAGCGCGUGCAGAAACUUAAGAGAAAAUAACGGUAUCAUUAGAUGUGUAGGGGGCAAUAGAAAUACGCUUUGUUACUGUUUUAAAACAAAGGACCUUUACCCUAGCCUCAAAGUAUAAAAUUACUGUUUUAGAUGGAAAUUUAAAUCAAAGCGACCAACCAUGAAGGAGGGUCGCCGUGACGUCAUGCUAGAUUGUUGACCUUACAGCUAGAUUGUUCAGAGGUUAGGUGUGACAGCCGUUCAGAGUAAUACUGUAAAUGCAGAAAUGUUCGCGGUGGUUUAAUGUUCGC